CCAUCCCCACCUUGCCCUUUCCCUUUCCCCCUUUCUUCUCACCCCGCCCGCCCAUGGCUAUGGCCUUCUUCUUCCUCCUCCUCCUCCAUGGCCAUGCCCCCCCCGCUCUCCCCGCCUCCUCCUCCUCCUCGCUUCUCCCUCGUCCCCGCCCCGUCUCUCUCUUGUUAGUUAGUUAGUGCCUGCCUCGCCCUUUCCUCACACUCCGAGUCCAUCUGCUGUUUCCCUACCUCCCGAUUUCCUGCCCAGGCAUGCCUCGGCCGGGCGGAAGUGCUCUCGCUGAUGCUUUGGCGUUCGGUACUCUCGCGCGGUGAGUUGUGGUCGCAAGCCCCGCAGAUUAGAGAGUAAGAGGGUGCGGUUGUGCUGGCUCUGGGGUUGGCUCCAGCGCUGUGGGGGUUGAUAGGGGCGUUGGCUAUUGGAAUCGACUUUCGCGGGUUGUGUGGAAGUGGGACGCAGUGCCGGACCAUCUGCUAAGAUCUACUCGGGGGUGCAUCUAAGCCAUUGGGGCUGUGUGUACGAAGGGGUGGAAAGAUAUAUUGCGGGUGUGCGGAGGGGCACACUUGAAGUAUGACAUUGCUUGGGACAGGCGUAGUGAAUAAAGGCACGGCAGAGAGAGAGGAUUGGUGCGGAGUGGUCGGGUGUGAGUGAUUUGGAAGCCAAGGGGUAGGUAGCUGAGAUGGAGAUGAGUGGAGCAUGUGAGGAGGGAGGAUUGGGAAAGCAGGUGGUGAUUGUAUCAUCUUCGCGAGGCAUGUGAUGUGUGGUCGGUGGAGUUAGCUUCUACGGGCAACUGGAAAUUAAUUGAUCAGCGAGUAGUGUUGCCCAGUGUCAACGCGCUUUUCAACUGAACACGGAUACCAGUACCUGUAGCUAAAGGAUGCUGCUCAACAAACAGAGAUUAUAGAACUGGAAGUAGGAAAUUGAUUUAGUCACCUUAUUCGAGGGUAUUUUGACCCUUCCAUGGCAUCUGCAACUGGUGGAAUUAUUGGUAGCACGAACAUGAUCGGAGGGGGGGCUGCCCCAACCAAACCAGGCUCUAGUGGCGUGGAAUCGUUACCCAAAGAAAUGCACGGCAUGAAGCUCAGAGAUGACAAGGUUGAUCACAGUGAUGAUAAGGAAAUUGAAGCGUCAGUAGUAGAUGGGAAUGGCACCGAGACGGGUCACAUCAUUGCUACCACUAUUGGGGGGAAAAAUGGGCAACCCAAGCAGACUAUCAGCUAUUCAGCAGAACGUGUUGUUGGAACCGGGUCUUUUGGGAUUGUCUUCCAGGCAAAAUGCAUCGAAACUGGGGAGACGGUGGCUAUAAAGAAAGUGCUGCAGGACAAAAGAUACAAGAAUCGAGAGCUGCAGAUCAUGCGACUGUUGGACCACCCGAAUAUUGUAGCUUUGAAGCAUUGCUUCUUCUCGACGACGGAUAAAGACGAAUUGUACUUAAACCUGGUGCUGGAGUAUGUACCCGAGACGGUGUAUCGUAUUGCAAAGCACUACAAUCGCAUGAAUCAGCGAAUGCCCCUUGUUUACGUGAAACUGUACACGUAUCAGAUAUGCCGAUCACUGGCAUAUAUCCACAAUGGCAUCGGUGUCUGCCACCGCGACAUCAAGCCCCAGAACCUGCUGGUGAAUCCUCAUACGCACCAGCUGAAACUGUGUGAUUUUGGAAGUGCGAAAGUGCUGGUGAAAGGGGAGCCCAAUAUCUCGUACAUUUGUUCGCGGUACUACCGUGCUCCGGAGCUUAUUUUUGGAGCGACGGAGUACACGACUGCCAUAGAUAUAUGGUCGAUGGGUUGCGUGAUGGCAGAGCUUCUACUAGGACAGCCUUUGUUUCCUGGAGAGAGUGGAGUGGAUCAAUUGGUGGAAAUCAUCAAGGUUUUGGGGACACCGACUCGUGAGGAGAUCAAGUGCAUGAAUCCGAACUACACAGAGUUCAAGUUUCCACAAAUCAAGGCGCACCCGUGGCACAAAGUUUUCCACAAACGCAUGCCACCUGAAGCAGUUGACUUGGUGUCAAGGCUCCUUCAGUACUCUCCAAAUCUGCGGUGCAACGCUCUGGAAGCGUGUGUGCACCCGUUCUUUGAUGAGCUAAGGGAUCCUAACUGCCGGCUUCCGAAUGGGCGGCCACUGCCCUCUCUGUUCAACUUCAAAACCCAAGAGUUGAAGGGUGCAACUCCUGAUAUUCUGCAGCGUUUGAUACCCGAGCACGCGAGGAAGCAGAAUCCGAUGCUGGCGCUGUGAGGGGUGCCUGGGAAGAGAACGGAAGAGUCCACUGCGUGAGAGAUUUUCCUCUGUUUGGAGGAGUGGUCCGCUCUGUGGAGGGCUUCAUAGGCACUCUGUAUCAUUGCUUAAACACGUUAAGUCACCCAGUGUGUUUUGAACCCCAGGUUUUUCUCUGUCGUUGGAGGGAACUCAAUAGAUUUUUAGCAUGCCACUUUCAGGAAUGGCAACCUUCUGGUAGCGAAGGCUUUGCUGAUAUGAGGCUUGUGAUUCUCUGGGCUAUUAAUGGGUUUCAUGGACUCGGAGGAGUAGAUGUUUGGAGGAGUUAGCGUUCUCCAACAUAGGCGGGUGAUGUGCUUUUGCGGUCUCUUCCUGCAUACAAAUCUACGAGAUUCCUAUAGCUACGUGCAUCUUCACUAGUUUGGGCAUGCACUGAAUUGCCGGCCACUUGAAAUGGUCAAAGAGCGGAGAUAGUAACUUCGGGAGCCUCAGUUGGUCUUGUGACAUAUAGGGGCCUUCCGAGUGCUUGAAAGUCGAUUUAACAAUGAAAAAAACCAUAAAAACAAAAAAAAUGUAACGGAAUCCAAGUGUGGGGUAGAAUCACAUUGUAAUUUUCCUAGGAGAGAUCAAAGCGUGUACUGUUCAUCCAA